AUGGGACAGGUAUGGACACCACUAACAUUAGAUGAACUAAAAAUUUGGUUGGAAAUUGUUAUUUAUAUAGAUAUAAUUAAAUUACCAAGAGUAACCGAUUAUUGGACCAUUAAUCCUAAAUUUCCUAAAUAUUACAUUAUACAAGAAAUGUUUGUAAUUCGUUUUCAACAAAUUAAGCAAUACUUGCAUAUUUCAAAUCCUAAUUCUGAAAAUUCUUAUUGGUACAGUAAGGUUAAACCACUUGCUUCUCAUAUUAAAAAUAUUAGUAAGCAACUUUAUGUGCCCAGGUCACAAAUAUCAGUUAAUAAAAUGAUGAUAUAUUUUUCAGAUCAAAGUAGUCAUACUUUUCGUAUAAAAAACAAACCUAUUCCUGAAGAGUAUAAGGUUAUGUCUUUAUGCAAAAAAGGUGAAAGACAAAAACUUAAAAAUAAGCAAAGCUCUAAAGUAAAAUUAUAUGAAAACUCAGCUCCAAUUAUUAAUAAAAACUUUAAAUUAUCAUCAACUUGGUUUUCUGGUAUAAAUCACUAUCCUGAAUGGCAAGAAAAUCAUGCUGCAUGUGCUUGGUACUGA